GCGAAAAGAUUUUCGAAAUACCGAUAAGAUCCGAGGAAACCCAAUCGGAGAAGGAAGCCGGAGGUAAACCCUAGAAGCAAGAAGAAGCCGGAUCUUGGCGCUGUUAAGAUCUCAUCAGGAUCGGAUCUUUUGCCGUGGGAAUUCGAUUGGUGCCGGAGAAGCGGGCGAUUUCUUGGAGUCGAAAUGGUGGCAGGCGCAGAGGUUAUCCACAAGAGCAUCCCCGUGCUCGACGUGCAGUGCCGAUACAUCGCCAAGGAGAUUGAGGAGAUGGUUGAUUUCUCCGCUGCGGCUGUGGCGGUGGUGGCGACGGCCCCUUUGUCGCCGGCGUUUCGGCAGGACGCGAGGGGAUCGGAGACCGCGGCGGCUGUUAAUGAUGCCGUUUCUGAGCUGGACUUGAGAACAUCAGAUGCCAUUUCUGAUGUGUCUGUAGAACCGCCUCAAUUUGUUCCUAGCAUCCGUUCUGGCAGCUUUGCUGACAUUGGACCUCGAAAUUACAUGGAAGAUGAGCAUAUUCGUAUUGAUGAUCUUUCAGCACACUUGGGAUCUGUGCUCACGUGCCCAACGCCUAGCGCUUUCUAUGGGGUGUUUGAUGGUCAUGGAGGCCCAGAUGCUGCAGCCUACAUCAAGAGGCAUGCACUUAGGUUUUUGUUUGAGGAUGGUAACUUUCCCCAAGCAUCAGUAGCUGAUAACGAUUUCAUGGUAUCUGUUGAGAACUCAGUUCGGGAAGCAUUUCUUCUUGCUGACCUUGCAUUGGCUGAGGAUUGCUCUAUUAACAGCUCUUCUGGGACGACUGCACUCACAGCUUUGGUGUUUGGAAAGCUUCUCCUGGUAGCAAAUGCAGGGGACUGCCGGGCAGUUUUAUGUAGGAAGGGUGAAGCAGUGGAUAUGUCUCAGGAUCAUAGACCCAUCCAUGCAGCUGAGCGCGAAAGGGUCGAGCAAUCAGGAGGCUUUGUUGAAGAUGGCUACCUCAAUGGCGUCCUCUCUGUCACGCGUGCCUUGGGGGACUGGGACGUGAAAAUGCCUCGAGGUUCUCCCUCACCCCUCAUUGCAGAGCCUGAGUUCAGGCAAGCGGUCCUGACCGAGGAUGACGAGUUCCUCAUAAUUGGUUGCGACGGGAUAUGGGAUGUCAUGUCCAGCCAGCGUGCCGUGAGCAUUGUACGAAAGGGCCUCAGGCGGCACGAUGACCCUGAGCGGUGUGCGAGGGAACUUGUCAUGGAAGCGCUGAGGCUCAACACCUUUGACAACCUCACGGUGAUUGUGAUCUGCUUCUCCGAUGAAUACUGCACCUCUUCUACCCCUCCUCGAGACGAACAGCAGCAAUCCAGGUUGAGGUGUUGCAAAAGCCUGUCGACGGAGGCUCUUUGUAAUCUCAGGAGCUGGCUGGCAAAUGAGGGUAGCAACUGACACCGGAGAUCCUGUGCUUCAUUCCUGUAAAUACAUUCAGUGAUUAUGAUGAAAAUAUGUAAUAAGGUAUCUUCCUCUUUUUUGACUGCUUUAGGGUAAAGAGCAGCUAAACAAAUUUUGUAGUUCCUCUUGUUUCAUUGCCCCCGUGUGAUGGAGGGAGGGCAUGUACAUAAUAUUGUGGAUGGUGGGAUAGGUCAUUGUUUACAAGUCAUUAUUGACUCAGCGUAUCAUUUCAUGUAUGUCUACUGUUUUAGAUACUUUUUUUUAAGACCAGAAUACUUGUGCUA